AUGUCCACAGGCCGCACAGCACAGCAAAAGGCUUUGUGUGAUCCAUUAUGGCGGGGCGUCGAAGCAUUGGAGUGGGAAUUGUUUCGAGCUUCAGUUUCAGAUCCUGUUGAGCUGCCUUAUCUCAUGCCUUAUUUAUUGAGAUCCAAUCCGAAGAGUCAAUUCGAAAGAGUUUUCACUGGGCUAUCUACGUACGCAUGCGAGGCUGCGAGCGAUGGGAAAGGCGUCAUAUACGUAUGUAUUUCAUGUAUGGUACGACAACUCAACGCCGCAGUGCGAAAUGUUGGGUCGCUGCGAAGGUGGGCUGGACGCUAA